AUGGCUUUCACUAUAAGGGAGUACGAUCUCAGGAAAACCUUUCAAACCGAACGAAAACUACUAUACUUCGCUGGAUUUUACCCCCGAAAAAGUUCAAGACUCAGUUUAUACUUUUUAGGACGCGUUGCAAACGUUUUUUUGUGUGUCACACAAAUCAUCUCCUGUGUAGUGCAAAUGAUAAUCGACAGAAACAACCUGGAAAAAUUUUCAGAGACGCUUCAGUAUUUCAUAACCUUGUCUACGUACUCGUGUAAACUUACUAAUUUUGCGUUCUACAAGGACCGUCUGCUGAAAAUUGAAGAUUUUUUAACUCUACCAAUUUUCUAUGGAUACUCUCAAGACCAACUGAAAUUGUUAAAACAAAAAAUCGCCGCUUGUAACACUAUCGCUACCAUUUUUCGCUUUUUGUGCUUCGUGGCGGUGCUGUUUUACGCUUUUCCGCCAUUUUUGGACCAUCAGAAGUCAAAAAAUUUGCCCAUCACGUUAUGGUAUCCGUAUAACGUAAGCAACUACUACUAUUUUACGUUUGUGUAUCAAAUGACCGGUAUAGCUAACACGGCGUAUGCAAAUUCAACCAUUGAUGUGUUGUGCUGGAUGUUGAUAAGUGUAGCAUCUGGACAGUGUGAUAUUUUGAAGGAAAAUUUGAAAAAUAUUGAUUAUGAGCUUGAAGAUGCGGAAAAGGCGAAAGAAAAUUUUAAAAAGUGUGCACAACACCACAAGGCCAUUAUUAAGUUGGUCUCUGAAAUUGAAAAGUUGUUUUCAAAAGGGAUAUUUCUGCAAUUUUUCGCCAGUGUCGUUGUUAUUUGUUUCAUCGGAUUUAUGAUGAUUAUUGUACCUGCUAUGAGUUCGCAGUUUGUUUUUUUGGUUUUAUAUUUUCUGUGUAUGAUGUGGCAGAUAGCGAUGUAUUGUUGGUAUGGACAUGAUAUUAUGACGACUAGUCAUACGAUUGGCGAGUCCUUUUAUGUGUCAAAUUGGUACGAAUCAGAUCUUUCAGUUCGUAAGAGUGUCGUCAUAUUUUUGGAAAAGGUUAAGAAGCCUUUGACUGUGACUGCGGGAGGGUUUGUUACAUUGUCGCUGACAACAUUAACUAGUAUUCUGAGAUCUUCUUACUCCUAUUUUGCUGUUCUUCAACGUUUGUAUAAUGAAUAG